UCCGAAACGACGCUCUCUUCCCUGCUUUUUCAGUGCCCGACACAUCGCAGAUAGUGGAAGGCCGAGCAUUGUCGAGUACCUCAAUUAUGGUAAAAUGGGCCAAAGUACCAUCGGCGGAUUACUACUACCUGCUGGUGAGCUCUCAGACUACCGGACGGACGCUCAACCUGACCUCCACCAACGUCACUGUGGUGGUGGAGCACCUGCAACCCUCCACCAACUAUGACUGCUACGUCCUCACAGCUAACCAGGCCGGCCGGGGAAGCAAGAGCAAAGUGAGGACCAUCACCACCUUGGUGGAGCCUCCACGCAACGUCACCGCAGCGCAGACGGGCCUGGACUCGGCGAGGGUGACGUGGCAGCCGGUGAAGGACGUUCUGUUGUACCAAGUCACCGUCCGGGACAGUAAUGAGCCCACCAGCUUGCCGUCUGUGUACAGCGUCUCAGACACCAAGCUGGAUGUUCAAGGCAUCCUCCCGUGUUCCACCUAUCUCAUAUCAGUGUCCUCUUUCAACAAGUUCCUGGCACCGAGCGAGUCCACAGACUACACAUACACCACCAACAAACUGACGCCGGUUUCAUCAGUCUCCGUGGACUACGCCUGCACCACUCACUCUGCCACAGUCCAUUGGUCGGAGGUGUUCGGGGCCGACUCCUACAAGGCCACGGCGAAGGGCGACAAUGGCACGGAGCUGACGUGCACCAGCCAGAGCACCAGCUGUCAGAUCACCGGACUGAGCUGUGCCCAGAGCUACGUGGUGCACGUGACCCCCAUGUCGGAGAGCUGCAAGAACGUCAUUAACACCACUUCGGCCACUUUUCAGACCGUUCCCUGUCCUCCCAAGAACCUGACGUUGUUGCGCGCCUGUUCGAGCGAAGUCAUCGUUUUUUCCUGGGACCACACGAACAAUACUGACUACUACAUGGCCAAGGCAGUGGACUCUCAGGGAACCGUCCAGGAGUGUGUGACUGAGGACAACUCCUGCUACUUCACACACACAGUGUGUGGACGACACUAUUACUUCACGGUCUCCUCCGUCACAGGGCAGUGCAGAAGUGAUGUUAGCUCUACUGUGGACAUUCGCACAGCACCCUGUAUCCCCCAGAAUCUGCAGACUUCAGCUGACUGCAGCAGAGACGUUCUGCUCAGCAAGUGGGACCUCGCUGAGGGGGCUCUUCGCUACACCGUGGAGGCCUUCGGCAACCAGGGCACCAACACCCGCUACAACUGCAGCUCAGUGUCCAACAGCUGCGCCAUCGAGGGCGUCCAGUGUGGAGAUUACCUGACCGUUUACAUCACAGCUCAUGACGACGAAUGUGCCAGCCCGAGGACACUGGGGCCAGUGGCUGAGACAGUCCCGUGCAGUCCUCAGAACGUAUCGGCGGUGAAGGAAUGUGGAGCCGACUCCAUCACGGUGACCUGGAACGGCAGCGCCAUCUUCUAUGUCGCCACGGCGGAGGACAGUGAUGGCGUCGUUCACAGCUGCAACUCGAUGGAUUCGACCUGUAAGAUCGAGGGCUUGAAGUGCAGCACCAACUACACAGCGUACGUCAUCGCCUCCAACUUCAUGUGCAACAGCUCCGAGAGCGAGAUGGUCACCGUAGAGACAGCCGCUUGCCCGCCGGAUCACGUUGCUGCCUCUCUGGACUGUGCAGCCAACGAGGCUCUGAUUUCAUGGCGUGGCCAACCCAAAAUGAACUCCUACACCGCCACAAUCGUAGAUGAAGAUCAAGGACUUCUCAGCUGCAGCUCCACUAACACCAGCUGCAAGGUUCCCAACCUGAAGUGUGGUCAGCUUUACACCAUCACUGUGUGCCACCAUGAUGGCAUGUGCCCCAGCAGACCCUCUGAGCCCAUCUACAUGGAGUCUGUUCCUUGUGGGCCACAUGUGAGUGCUGACGUAGACUGUCAGACACAAGUAGUGACCCUCGACUGGACGCCAACGAGUAACGCAGAAGGUUACAUCGCCGUCAUCUCAAACGGCAACACGCAAACGUCCUACAACACCACAGAGCCUGCGCUGCGGGUCAACACGCUCGAGUGUGGACUUGACUACACGCUGAAAGUGACGUCCUUCAAUGGGACCUGCAUCAGUCAACCUUCAGUGCUUCCUGUCUGGCAACCGCCAUGCGUGCCCACUGAUGUGGUGGUGAGGAAAAACUGCAGCCAGAGUUUUGCACAAGUGACGUGGCGAGCAAGCCGCGGUGCCCUGUCCUACCGAGCAGCUGCAGAGGAUGAAGAUGGCAGGCGCUUGUUGUGCUCUUCCAAUGAGACGUCGUGCAGGCUGGAGGGCCUAAUGUGUGGCCAGGUUUACAGUGUCGGGGUGACUGCCAUGGACGACAACUGCAGCAGCGCCGAGAGCUCUGCGAAGAUAAUACGGACAGGACCCUGCCCUCCGUCCCAGCUCAACGUCUCAGUGAACUGUGCCAACAACUCUGCCAUGCUAACCUGGAGCAGCAGCCCCAAUGCAGCGUCCUACACUGGCAAGGCCAUGAACACAGACGGACACGUGGCGACCUGUCACGCAGGAAUGAACCUUGGUUGCCAGCUGAAUGGCCUGCAAUGCGGCAAGCGUUACACCUUCACUGUGUCAGCCUCUGAUGGCGACUGUCAAAGUCCUGACAGCGAGCCAGUCAUGCAUACAACUGCCCCAUGUGCUGUUCAAAGUGUGCACAACACCCUGAACUGUAGCACCAACAAAUUAACCAUCAGCUGGACCCCAGGAUCCUUACCAGUAAACUACAGCGCCACCGCCCUGUCCGGAGAUGGAACUGCACUUCGCUGCAUGACAGAGGGUUCAAGUUGUGCGAUGACUAAUCUGCAGUGUGGACAGCAGUACAAUGUGACGGUCAAAGCCAUCAGCAGCACAUGUGAAGGACACAGCAGCGUCCCAAAGAUAGUUCACUCUGUUCCUUGUGUUCCUGUGAACGUCCAGGGCUUUGUGGAGUGUUCCACUAACACAUUGCAGGCCUCCUGGGAUGCAGCUGCUGGGGCAGAGUCUUACAUCUCUACCUUGAAGAGAGCGGGAAGUUUCUCUUCUUCCUGCUCUUCAGCUAACCGAAGCUGCGUCUUUCGUAGCCUGCAGUGUGCUCAGACGUAUAUGUUGAGUGUGAUGGCCCUGAACGACAUUUGUAACAGCUCUGAGAGCACCACGAUCUCAGCGACAACUGCACCCUGCGACCCUACAAAUGUGGCCGCUUCCCUGCACUGCCUUUCUGGGGUAGUGAGGGUGACUUGGGGGGCCAGUGCUGGAGCAAAUUAUUACACAGUCCUCGCCAAGGCGAACAGACAUGUCGCCUCUUGUAAUUCCAAUGGCACUUCCUGUGGGCUGACCCAGCUGCAGUGUGGGGAGGAUUACACUGUGACUGUGCUGGCAGGGGACGGGAACUGCAACAGCUCCAUACUCGCCAAAACCAACAUAACGACAGCCCCCUGCGCUCCAGUGGUCCAGGACCACAGCCUGGACUGUGUCUCCAACCAGGCCUUGGUCACCUGGGUUGAGGACGAGGAUGCCAUCAGCGUCACUGUCAACGCAACCUCCAGCCUGGGACACUCGACGUCCUGCAGCUCCUCCACCAACAGCAGCUGUGUCCUGGACGACCUGGAGUGUGGACACACCUACACCGUUCAGGCUGUUGCGCGAGGAGUCCAGUGUUUGAGCAAACCCAGCUCUAGUUUCCAGAUUGUCACAGCACCCUGUACCCCUGCAAACGUGGAGUACACGUACUCCUGCGAGACCGGCAUCGCCCUCCUGAGCUGGGAUGAGACUUUGGGAAGAAAGAGUUUCUAUGCCCACGUCCAUUCUGGAAACGACUCUGCGUCCUGCAGCACCAGCCAGACCAACUGCCCCCUGCCAUCCCUGCUCUGCGGUCGCAUGUACCAUGUAAAAGUGAUAGGAGUGGCUGACCACUGCAACAGCAGUGUGCCUGGUGUUACACAAAUACAGACAGCCCCCUGUCCUCCCGUGAAUGUCAGCGCCUCCCUGGUGUGCAACAACAACACGGCGGCGGUGAGCUGGCAACCCAGUCCUGGUGCAGUUUCCUACAAAGUGAUGGCGAACGGCAGAGACGGUGAUGUCAAGCAGUGCACCACAAACGAGACAAGCUGUCACCUACCCAACAUGCAUUGCUCCCAGACCUACGUGAUCACCGUCACCCCUUCCUCCACCCGCUGCAAGGGCUUCGACAGUCACCCGCUCACUUACGUUGCAGGCCCCUGCCCUCCCACCAGUGUUCAUGUGUCCCUGCAGUGUGUUGGUAACGUGGGCCACGUGACCUGGAGCGCCGCCCUACAGGCAGAACUCUACGUGGCCACAGCAGUACCGUCUGCCGUGGACAAGCGUGACCACACCUGCACCUCCAACGGCACAAGCUGCUCCCUCACAGACCUGCACUGUGGCGAAACCUCCGUCGUCACGGUGGUCACCAUUGAGAGGGGCUGCACGAGUGAACCCAGCCUGCCUUUUACUUUCCAGUCAGUCAUUUGCCCACCGACCAGUGUGACCGGAGUGACCACUUGCAGUAACAACGACAUCACAGUGAGCUGGGACCCGAGUCCACAAAGCGGCGCUAACUAUAUUGUCCAGUCUCAAGAAGAUGGCGGCACUAGCGCCAACUUCUCCACGAGCCUGACGUCCCACGUGUUCACUGGGCUGCAGUGUGGCGAGCUGCACACUCUGGCAGUCGCUGCCAGCGACACUGAGUGCACCAGUGUCUUCAGCGAGCCCAUACAAACUGAAACAGCUCCGUGUCCUCCCACCAACCUGACUGCCAGAGCCGACUGUGGCACCAACUUGGGAACGUUGAACUGGGCUCCAAGCAUCCACGCUGUCUCCUAUACAGUUACAGUGACCGGCACCCACGGCCAUGUUGUUUCCUGUUCGUCCAACACAACAACCUGCUCAGUGAAGCUGGACUGUGGGCACCAGUACUCAGCGGUCGUGGUAGCUUCCAGUGCGACAUGUAACAGCAGCGCAGGAGCAUCCUUAACUUUUAACUCGGCUCCCUGUCUGCCUGACAGAGUGGUAGCAGACCUGGACUGCGGCGUCAACUCCUUCGCGGUGCAGUGGAGGGGGAGCAUCGGCGACCUCGACUCUUACACUGCGAUCGCCAUCGGCAGUGACGACACCCGUGCAACCUGCGACACGCCGAACACAAACUGCACCAUCCAGAACCUAAAAUGUGGCCUCAGUUACAGCAUCGUCGUCACCACAUCAUCAGUCGACUGUGGCACCAUCGAGGGCUCCGACUACAAGAUGCAGUCAGCCCCCUGCAAACCAGAUGGGGUGCUGGUGAACCUGCAGUGCAGCACCAACAAGGCGUCAGUGACCUGGGGAAACUCAGGACCAGACCAGACCCACGUAGUGUCAGCGGUGGACAACAGAGGGAUAAUCACCACCUGCAACUCCAGCAGCUCCAACUGCACCUUCGACCAGCUGAGCUGCGGGGAGAGCUACACCGUCAGCGUGGUCGGCCACACAGACACAUGCAGCAGUCAGCCAGCUGUUGCAGAAACACUCAACACAGCUCCGUGUGUUCCCACCCACCUCACAGCGCGAGUCGACUGUGAGACUGGCAUCACUGUGGUUACGUGGGACGCUCGUGGCGCCACAUCUUACACCGUCUACGCCCGGGGCAGCCUCGGCCACUACGCCGAGUGCAACAGCACUGACACCAACUGUGAUUUCCCUAACCUGGCGUGUGGGCAGGACUACAACAUAACGGUGCUGGCUCGCCGUGACUCCUGCGUCAGUUUGAUGAGCGAGUCCAUCAGUGCCACCACAGGUCCUUGUCCUCACAGUGGUCUGAAGACCACCCUGGACUGUGACACCAACACGGCUGUGGUGUCCUGGACGCCCGGCAGCGGCAUCCUGUACUACAACGCCUCGGCCGAUGCCUUUGCCGUCACGCACCAGCAGACGUGCUCCACCAACGGCUCCUCCUGCAACAUCAGCUCUCUGCGCUGCGGGGAGACCUACAGGGUGAGCGUCAGUGGACAGGGACAGAACUGCCCGAGUCCGGCCCAGGACUGGCACAGAAUCAACACAGCUCCCUGCCCCCCAACGCAGCUGAGGGUCGACUCCUCCUGUGAAUCAAACAACAUCUCGGUGUCAUGGCAGGCCUCGCAGGGCUCGGUCUCCUACACGGCCGUGGCUGAGAGCGCAGAUGGCCGCCGGUGGUCCUGUAACACCAGCAGCACCUCCUGCCAGAUAUCUGCUCUGCCCUGCGGACAGCAGUACCAGGUCUACGCUGCUGGCGUUGAUGAAAAUUGCAUCGGAGCCAAGAGUAACGUUAAAGUGAUUCGCACAGCGCCUUGUGUGCCACAGAACAUACAGAACAACCUUGACUGCCUGUCUGGAGUCCUCAACGUUACCUGGCAGUCGACGGGUUAUGUUGUUCAGUUCCACGCCUCCGUGGUGAGCAGCGAAGGUCACGUCAGCAGCUGUAAGACAAACAAACACCACUGUGUAGUGCGCAACAUGCAGUGCGGUCUGACCUACAGCGUUACGGUGGUGGCCCAAGAUGAGGCCUGCAACAGCUCCUACAGCCCCACAAAGCAGGUCAUUGCAGCUCCCUGCCCUCUCACGAGCUUCCUUCCCGCUAUCAACUGUACCACCGGCAUCGUAUCUGUAAGCUGGAACAGCAGCCUGUCAGGGGUAGCGCACACGGUGUCGGCUGUUGACGCCGCAGGUCGCCGACACAACUGCAGCGGCACACACAGCGGCUGUAACCUCAGCACGCUGGAGUGCGGCACGGAGUACAAUGUCACCAUCACGCCAUCCAGGGACGGAUGUACGGGCAGAGACACCCCCAUGAAAAUGAUCACGACAGUUCCCUGUGUACCUCGUCUCUCCGACGUGGAGAUCGACUGCCUGACAAACUCAGCCUGGGCGAUGUAUGAGGAGUCCGCCGGGGCCGAGGACUAUGUCGUCAUGGCAACAGACAGCCGGGGUAACAUCCAGACAUUUGAGUGUAACUACACGUCAGAUGGGAUAUGCAGUCUGCCACCGCUGAUGUGCAGCCAAACCCUCAGCUUCACCCUCAAGGCCCUUGACCAGCAGUGCUCCAGUGGACCCAGCAACGCUGUCCUGACUGACACAGCUCCAUGUCCUCCUGAGGGCAUACAAAAAUCAGUGGGUUGCCGCAAUCGCACAGCCAGCAUCUCCUGGUCGGCCGUUCCGGGUGCAGUAACGUACACGGCCACGCUGGAGCAGACAAACGGCGGCACCACCACCUGCUGCACCACAUCAGACACCGGCUGUGACAUCAGCGACCUGCCGUGUGGAGAAAUGUUCAUCCUGCUGGUCAUGGCUGAAGGACGGACGUGCAACAGCUCCCAAAGCCAAGGGCAGAUCGUCCGGACAGCGCCAUGUGUUCCUGAGAACCUCAGUGCCCGUCUGAGCUGCAGCGACAAUGUGGCCUCCAUGUCGUGGAACCACAGCCGUGAACUAGGACACCUGUACCGAGUGAAGGCUGUGGGUACUGAUGGCCACACGGACGGGUGCGCGUCCAGCGGCAGCCAGUGUGAUCUGACAGGUCUGCGUUGUGGACAGCAUUACACAGCUACUGUGAUAGCAGAGGACAGAGACUGCCAGAGUGAACCGAGCGACAGCGUGACAGUCAAGACUGUGCCGUGCACCCCUGCAAACAUCUCCUCUGAGGUGGACUGUGAGACCAGUUCUCUCGUUGUGUCCUGGUCUGAGAGCUCAGGAGCCGACUCCUACAUCGCCACAGUGCAGGACAGCAACGGUCAGAUCACAUCCUGCCAGGGCACGACUGAAGGCUCCUGUAAUGUGACAGGAGUGGGCUGCGGUCAGCUCUACCAUGUCUCUGUGGUGUCUUCUGACGGAUACUGCGACAGCCCGUCCACUCCUGAGGUGGACACGCCUUCAGUUCCCUGUAAGCCAAGACAUAUGGAGGCAGUGAUGGACUGCUACAUGCACACAGCGCUGGUGUCGUGGUACCCCAGUGAUGGAGCUUUGGCGUACGAGGUCACGGCUGCGGCUGCGUCGGGUCACAGUGUCGUCUGUGAUGCCAACACCACGUACUGUGAUCUGGAAGGGCUGCUCUGUGGCCACAGCUACUCUGUCUCCGUCACAGCUGUGGGACAGACCUGCAACAGCACCGCCCUCAUGACAGCACAGCUGGUCACUGAGCCGUGCAUCCCUGAACGCAUCACUACCUUGUACAGCCUGACGAUUGGCCAGGUGUUGUGGGACAUGACCGCUGGUGCUGAUUACUACACAGCUGAAGGGGUGACGGAGCAGGGCCUGAUGGUCUCGUGCACCACCAACGACACAUACUGUGCCAUGUACAACAUGGAAUGUGGGCAAAUGUACAGCAUCAACGUCACGGCCAAUAACCAUGUGUGCCAAGGCGUGUCCACUUCGAUGGAAACGGUUACGAUUAUGACAGAGCCUUGCCCACCCAACAACGUGCAGACCAAUGUGCAGUGUCAGAACAACAUGGGAACUGUGUCGUGGGAGGCCAGUUUUGGCGCUGUGGGCUACAAGGCUCGUCUCGCUGGACGCGAUGGCCACUCACUGUCCUGCUACACUAACGACACUUUCUGUAACAUAGAAGGCCUCCACUGCGGAGUCGUCUAUUACACCAACAUCAUCGCCAUCGGAGAGACGCUUAACAGUAGCACCUCCACGACUGUCCUGCUGUUCUCAGCUCCCUGUGCAGCUGAAAAUGUGGCAGCCAAUAUGGAUUGCUACAACAAUACAGCAAAUGUCUCCUGGAGCUCCGCCAGUGGAGCAAACUCCUACACUGUGACGGCCGUAGGAGCAGAUGGCCACUGGGCUUCAUGCGAGACCAACGCUCUCCAGUGUGAUUUGACGGAGCUGCAGUGUGGUCAGAUGUAUAACGUCAGCCUCACAACCGUCAGCGACCACUGCCAGACUGAGACACACACAAAUGUCACCUUCAGCACACGGCCCUGUAAGCCCUUGCAUGUUGGAGUGGAUCUGCAGUGUGGGACGAGUACGGCUAACAUGUACUGGGAAAAACGAGAGGGGGUGGAGCUGUACAUGGCUACUGCCACCUACAGCAUGGGAGUGACACAGCAGUGUAACUCCACCAACUCCUCCUGCCAGUUCUCCAACUUGCACUGCGGCGAAACCUAUGAAUUCUCUGUAACUGCAUAUGGUAACUUGUGCUACAGUGACGACAGCAACACUGUGGAGAUUCAGACCGAACCCUGCCAGCCGACUGGCCUCACAGUCAGUGGCUCGUGUGACAAUGAGACGGUGGUGGUGGAUUGGUUGGCAGCUGAAGGGGCAUCAGUCUACACUGUUACGGCCACAGGAGACCGGGGAUACGCCACAUCUUUCCAAACCAACGAGACAACAUUAGAAGCCGAGCUGCCCUGUGGACAACUGUUUACCUUCACUGUAAAAGCUCAGGAUGAUCGAUGUGACAGCCCCGUGAGCCAGCCUGAAGAAUUUAAGACAGGUCCCUGUGUGCCUGAGCAUGUUCAGAGCUUUACGCACUGUGAGAACAAUCUGGGCUCAGUCAGCUGGGCCAAGAGUGAUGGGGCCGAGUCCUACAUGGCCAUCGCUGUGGGACUGGAUGGCCACACCCACAUGUGCACCACAAACACCACCAGCUGCACCUGGGACGACCUGCACUGUGGCGAGCAGUACACCGUUCACGUCAUUGCCAACGACUACCUGUGCAGCAGCAUGCCGAGCAACAGCACUUUGAUAAGAAUGGCACCCUGUGUUCCUCAGAAUUUGAAAUCAUCUCUGAACUGCACUAUGAAGGUGGGAUCGCUGACCUGGAAUGCCAGUGAAACUGCUGAGUUUUACAUGGUGACCGCAGAGACCUACAGCGGCCACAAAGUGCAGCUCAGCACCAAUGACACCUGGACCUUCAUUUCAGAGUUCCUGUGUGGCCAAGAGUACUUCCUGUCUGUUCAGGCAGCAGACUCUGUGUGCACAAGCCGCCCCAGUCAGCCAUCAAAGCUUAAUUCAGUGCCCUGCCCGCCCACCGGUGUCACCAGCUUCAUGAACUGCCUCUCUAACAUUGCUGUGGUGUCAUGGACCGGCUCAGCUGGUGCUGAGUUCUACACCGCCACAGUGACACAGGAAGACGGCCAAUCAAAAAGCUGCUGGUCUGACAGCGAGCAGUGCGGCAUGCCCAACGUCCACUGUGGACAGAACUACACAGUGACGGUCGUGGCCUCAAACGAGAAGUGCAUCUCUGACCCCAGUGAGGCUGACAUGCUGCAGUCAGUGCCUUGUGUUCCCACUGAUGUGGUUGUGGAGACAGACUGCUCUGAAAAUCAGGCUGUUGUGUCCUGGAGUGCCAGCGAGGGGGCUUUGUCCUACAAAGUGUCAGCUCGGAGCACACUGGGAGCCAUGUCUCUCUGUGAGAGUACAGACCUCAUGUGUACCUUGACCAACCUGACCUGUGGCCAGACUUACUCUAUCCAGGUGGUGGCGCAGGAUGACAUUUGCUCAAGUCUACCCAGCCCAGCUACAACGUUCAAAUCAGUUCCCUGCACACCUAACAUCGGCUCAGUGGUUCUGGACUGCUUCACCAACUCGGCCCUCUUGGACUGGGCCUACGCCGAAGGUGCCCUGAACUACACCGCGACGGCUCUGUCCUCUAGCGGCCAUGUUUCCACUUGCAGCUCCAACUUCACCAACUGCGAGCUGCAGGACCUGCAGUGUGGUCAGACCUAUGAUGUCGUCACUGUGGCCUCAAAUGAGAACUGCAGCAGCCCCCCAAGCAGCAGGCUGCAGGUGGAGUCAGUGCCUUGUCCUCCUGAAGAUGUUGAACCUGUGCUGGACUGCUCUAACAACACGGCCCGUGUGGAGUGGCAGGCCAGCAGAGGGGCUGACUUCUACAUUGUCCAAGCCUUCGGAGUGGAAGAACACGAAUCUGGUUGCGAGACAGAUUCGCAGUCCUGCGUCCUCACAGAACUCUUGUGUGGCUUCACCUACAACAUCAGUGUGAUUGCUGUUAACAGUGUGUGCAACGUCUCACAGAGCGGCAUCACACAGCUGAAAGCAGUGCCCUGUGUACCACAGCAGGUGGAGGCCCAGGUGGUUUGUGAGUCUGGUGCAGUGGCGGUCUCUUGGGAGCCCAGCAAAGGGGCAUCAUCUUACACCACAAUCGCCCAGGGCAACGGCGGCUAUGCCUCAACCUGCAGCAGCAACGAGACAACAUGCCUGUUCAGUGACUUGCUGUGCGGCCUCAACUACUCCAUCAGUGUCAGCGCUUCAGAUGAAAAGUGUAGCAGCGCUGGAAGCUUUGCCGUGGAGCUCAGCACAGUGCCAUGCGUACCACCGAAAGUAACAGCAGAGAUGGUGUGCGGUAAUGACACAGGGGUUGUGUCAUGGGAAGAAGGAGAAGGUGUGUCCUCCUAUGUGGUGCGAGCUUUUGGGCCCGAUGGUCACAAGAUCAUGUGUAACAGCACCGCAACCAGUUGCCAGUUACCCAGCAUGCAUUGUGGCCAGCUCUAUAACCUGACAGUGACAGCUCAGGAUGGACGAUGUGACAACAGCCACGCAUACCUCGACGUGCAGUCAGUGCCUUGCACGCCAACCAAUGUCAAAGCUUCCCCACAGUGCCACACCAACUCUGCUGCAGUGACGUGGGAGCCAGCCAGCGGAGCAGUCUCCUAUCAUGCUGUUGGUGUUACAUCAGACGGAAGUCAUCGUGCUGAAUGUGACAACACCGUGACCCACUGUGAUCUGGAGGACCUGCAGUGUGGACAGACCUACAAUGUGAGCGUGUUUGGCCUGGAUGAGUCCUGUUCCAGUGUGCAGAGUGACAAAGCUUACGUGCGCACAGCCCCCUGUGCUCCUCAGGAUGUAGCUGUUGAUUCACAGUGUGCUGACGGUGCCAUGGCAGUGUCCUGGUCCCCCAAUCCAGAUGCCCAGUACUUCCAUGUGGCGGUAGUGAGCAACACCGGGGCGAGACACUACUGUAAUUCCAGUGGCGCAGCCUGCACUAUAAGUAAUCUACCAUGUGGGCAGAACUACAACGUUACUGUGCUGUCUGUAAGAGAUGACUGCGAGAGUAAGCCCAGCGCUGUUGUACAGACCUCCUCAGCUCCAUGUGUACCCAGGAACGUUAAGGGCCAUCUGGACUGCGUGUCGAACUCGGCCUGGGUGACGUGGGAUGCCCCAGAAGGAGCCCUCAGCUACUUUGUGUUGGCCCAAGAGGCUGGAGGUCACAACUCCAGCUGCACUACUGCCUCAUCUCCCUGCAAUAUCCCAGAUCUGAAAUGUGGAACACUUUACACCUUCCACGUCACUGCUGUCAACAAACAUUGCCACAGUAAUCACAGCGUCACCUUCGAGCUUGAGACAGGGCCUUGUGCGCUAACCUCCAUCAGUGCAGUGACACAGUGUAACAGCGACACAAUCCUGGUUGAAUGGGAGCAGACAGAGAACAUGCCUCUCUACCUGGUGACUGCCGAAGGCCACGACCAAACCCUCAUCUCCUGUAACAGCUCCUCCACUUCAUGUGAACUCCACGACAUUCAGUGUGGCAUGCAUUACAGCAUCAUAGUCUCAGCUUCUUCUGAUAAGUGCAACAGUCUAAGGAGCCCACCAAAGAAGAUUAAAACAGCGCCCUGUGUCCCAGACAAUGUGACAGUGGCACCGUCAUGUGAGCAGAAUGGAGUCACAGUGACGUGGGGACACUCCCAUGUGGCUACAUCCUACGUAUUGACCGCUACAGGAAGGGAUGGACAUGUUUCAAUGUGCAGCACCUCAGUGAACAACUGCAGCCUGGCUGAUCUGCAUUGCGGACAGCCGUACAGUUUAAACCUCACCGCCAUUGGGGACAACUGCACCAGCCAGCCCAGCACUUCUACCUUUAGGACCGUGCCCUGUGAGCCCUCUGGUCUCGCAGUGGAUAUUGAUUGCGAGACCAACACUGCUAUCCUGUCUUGGAUUGCCAGCGAGGGCGCCGUGGAGUAUUUUGGUUACGCCCAGUCUACGGCUGGAAAUGCACUCUACUGCGACAGCACAGUCGCCUCCUGCACCAUCGAAGGCCUGGAGUGUGGUGACAUUUACAAUUUCUCUGUUGAAGCCUCUGACGGCGUCUGCAACAGCUCAUUUAGUGCACCUCUGCAGGUGGGCGCAGCUCCAUGUGCUCCAACUACUUUGAACGUUCGAAUGCAGAGGAUAAGCCAAGCUCACUGGGCCAUGACGUCAUGGGACAAUGUCAGUUGUCCUGGUGUUGAGUACCUUGUUGAGAUAACCGGUCGAAUCCAAAACAACCCACAGACUCAAAUGCAGGUGUCUUCUUACUGGCUGCCCAUGACUUUCUUUGAGCUACCAAUGCCCUGCAGCACAGCUUAUAACCUCACCGUGCGCGCCAGAAACUCAGCCGGCGUCAGCGAGCCGUCCACUGUCUUUACUGGAGUCACAGUCCCGUGUGCUCCACAGAUGGUGAAAUACACUGGCAAUAGAGAGUCUGCUGUCCUUUCCUGGGAGGAAUCAGUGUUUGCCACCAGGUACACCGUCUACAAUGUGUCGGGGGCAAUUCGCGUCGAGCUUUGCAACACCACCGAACUCUUCUGCUCAGUGACCAACUUCGAUCCUGGUGCCACUGAAGUGACAGCCAGCAAUGCGGAGGGAGAGAGCAUCCCUAAUGGAGACAUUACAGGUCCAGUAGGAGCUCGCCGAAGAAGAGAUUUACGCGCCACUCAAGUCUUUUCCCGUUUAGACAAAGGUCUUGAAAUCCCAAAAGUGCAGACUGUAACAGCAAGUGGACUUUCAUUGUAUGUGAAGUGGACCACAGUGAAGGAUGCGACCGAGUACACGCUCGUGAUUGAGGAGGAACAAAAAGAGCAGCAGUCCAGUCAGCUACCAAGAGUGACGACGGUGGAAGAUGAUUUUUACAUGGAGACGGACCUCAAGCCCUGGACCACCUACUGCAUCAGGCUGGCAGCAAGAAACACCAUGAACCAAAGCGACUACUCUGAACCAACUUGCAGAACCACUGGUGCCUCCUAAUGACACACCACGGGUCAACUUAAAUAGACACUGGACUCAGCAGAAA